AUGGCGGACGUAGGAGUAGUGGGCCAGCACAAGCGACGGCAUUCGAAAUCGGCGCACCGAGUGAAAUUCAAUUUGAUCACGCAAUCGAAGCUCGCUGGCCCGUUCACCGACCAUUUCCCUCACUACGCAGGAGGCGUUGCCCGCAGCGAGCCGGGAGGAUUCGUCAUUUCUCAAGAGUUUGGCCAUCACGCUCACGAAUUCUUCUACUUCCAACCGCGCAAAGAUGACGUCUGGAUGCUGACAUUUCCCAAAUGUGGGACGACAUGGACUCAAGAACUAGUUUGGAUGGUGGCCAACAAUUGCAACGUAGAAGUCGCCCGGAGAAAUCCAUUGUUUAUCCGUUCUCCAUACCUCGAGGCGUCUCGCAUAGCCUCAUUGCAGAGUGCUCCGCCGGAAGUGCAUGUGAUGGUGCCCAAAGUGAACGUCAUCGAGAGGAUUCCGUCGCCUCGGGUCAUCAAGAGCCACUUGCCAUUUAGCCUUCUACAUCCUCAACUUCUUGACAUCUCAAAAGUCAUUUACGUCGUGCGGCACCCUAAGGACGUGAUUGUUUCCUACUUUCAUCACCACAAACUGUUCAAUAGGCAUGGCUUCCUCGGAGAUGUGGAACUUUUCGCCCAGUAUUUCAUGAACGAUGAAGGUACUAAAACUAAACUUAUAACUAAAACUCAGCUAUUAUUUUAUUUACACCUGACAGUUUAUUACUCGCCGUACUUCCCUCACGUUCUGGACGCUUGGUCUAAACGCAAUCAUCCCAAUAUGCUUUUCCUGCUCUACGAAGAUCUAAGAAAGGAUUUACGCGAGGGAGUGAUACAAAUAGCCAAAUUUCUCAAGAAACAACUGACGGAGAAACAGCUGGCGGAUGUAUGUCAACAUCUGGACCUGGAAACUUUCGCCAACAACGAAUGUAUCAACUACGAAAAAAUGGCUAAAAGUAUCGGCCUAUUGGAGAAACCUGACCAACGUUCUCUGCAUUGUAACAAACCGGAACAUUUGGAAAACGUCUUUAGUCCGGAAAUGAAUCGUCGCAUUGAAGAAUGGAUUGACAAAAACCUGGAAGGGACCGAUUUCCACUUUGCAUAAUCAGUGAAUAACUGGAGUCACCCAUUCCAAGUAACAGAUUUAUCACGUCCAAACUGUACGUCUGUAAAAAUAUAAGUCUUUACUCAAAAUGUAUAAAAUACAAACGACUGUUAUUUAA